AUGUUGAUCUAUGUGGAUGAUCUUUUGAUCACUGGCAAAAAUAGUGGAAUGAUAGAAGAAUUAAAGACCAUCAUGCACGGGAAUUUUAAGAUAAAAGAUUUGGGGCAGCUCAAGUAUUUCUUAUGCAUUGAAGUUGUACGAAAUACAGAAGGAAUUAUUCUAAGCCAACGAAAAUAUGCCUUGGAACUCAUUUUAGAUUCCGGUUUGGGGAAUGCAUGUAGUGUUUCUACUCCUCUUGAACAGAAUCAAAAACUCACAUCAUCUGAAUAUGACAUGCACAUUGAGCAUCGAUCUGAUGAGCUCUUAGAAGAUACUGGAAUGUAUCAAAGGCUAAUUGGAAGGCUUCUUUACUUAACACAUACUCGCCCAAACAUAAUGUAUGAUGUUCAGCUUUUAAGUCAGUUCAUGCAAACUCCAAAGAAAGUCCAUUAUGAAGCAGCUAUGCGUGUUGUGAGGUAUAUACGAAAAAGUCUAGGUGAGGGUAUUCUGUUUUCAAACAAAAGUAGACCUAACUUGGUAGCAUUUUGUGAUUCUGACUGGGCUGCUUGUCCAAUGUCAAGACGUUCUGUUACUGGCUAUUGCGUUAAGUUGGGAGAUUCUCUCAUUUGCUGGAAGUCUAAGAAGCAGAAUACCAUCUCACGAUCAUCAGCUGAGGCUGAAUACAGGUGUAUGGCAUCUACAGUAGAGGAAUUAGUUUGGUUGAGGGGAUUAACUAAGGAACUGGGAAUUGAGCACCACGAGCCAACAACGUUGUAUUGUGAUAACCAGGCUGCACUCCACAUUGCAGCAAAUCCAGUCUACCAUGAGAGAACAAAGCAUAUAGAAAUCGAUUGUCACUUUGUGCGUGAUCAGAUACAAAAGGGAGUUGUUUGCACCAAACAUGUCUCAACUAAAGAACAACAAGCUGAUAUCUUUACAAAAGGCUUAGGAACAAACCAACAUGAGCGUUUAAAGAUCAAGUUGGGAAUGAAAGACGAGAGUCAUUCUCCAACUUGA